AAAAAUAGAAAAAAUAAAAAAGAGAGCGAAGGAUUGCAUCAAGUAAUCGCCGUGUAACUAACUACUUUUGUUGCAUCACCAUCGCUCUUACGUUUGAAUCUAUCCAGAUCCAAACCUCUUCUUCCCGGCAAUUCUGAGAUCUCAUUUUCACCGGCGACGAGCUUUAAUCGGAGAACGAUGAAGCAGCUUCACAAGCAAAUGAGCUCGAAGCGUGACGAAGAAACGAUUCCCAUGAGCCAAUCCAGUCCUUACUCUCCUAAAACUUUAAAGCAUCCCAGAUCUCUUCCCAGAUCGCUUCACUAUCUCUUCCGUGAACAACGACUCCUCUUUAUCCUCGUCGGGAUCUUGAUCGGAUCCACUUUCUUCAUCCUCCAGCCUUCUCUCUCUCGUUUAGGCGCCGCUGAAUCCACCUCGUUAAUCACCAGAUCUGUUUCCUACGCCGUCAGCGAUUCCCCGCCUUCCAUGAAGACUUUUAAUUCUGGCGGCGGAGGUAGAACCGGUCGUGUUCCCGUCGGUAUCGGACGCAAGAGACUGAGAAUCGUUGUCACCGGUGGAGCUGGUUUCGUCGGAAGCCAUCUUGUUGAUAAGCUUAUCGGUAGGGGAGAUGAAGUGAUCGUGAUUGAUAACUUCUUCACUGGUAGGAAGGAGAAUUUGGUUCAUCUGUUCUCGAAUCCUAGGUUUGAGCUUAUUCGACACGAUGUGGUUGAGCCAAUCCUCCUUGAGGUCGAUCACAUUUACCAUUUAGCUUGCCCAGCUUCACCUGUUCAUUACAAGUAUAAUCCAGUGAAGACUAUCAAGACAAAUGUAAUGGGCACUCUCAAUAUGUUGGGUCUUGCAAAGAGAGUUGGGGCAAGGUUUCUGCUCACCAGUACAAGUGAAGUCUAUGGAGAUCCCCUUGAGCAUCCACAGAAAGAGACUUACUGGGGAAACGUGAACCCAAUCGGUGAGAGGAGCUGCUAUGAUGAAGGAAAGCGUACUGCAGAAACCCUGGCCAUGGAUUAUCACAGAGGUGCAGGUGUAGAGGUCAGAAUAGCUCGUAUUUUCAACACAUAUGGACCCAGAAUGUGCCUUGAUGAUGGGCGUGUUGUUAGUAACUUUGUUGCCCAGACCAUCCGCAAACAUCCAAUGACUGUUUAUGGUGAUGGAAAACAAACUCGUAGCUUUCAAUAUGUAUCUGACUUGGUGGAGGGACUUGUAGCGUUAAUGGAAAACGAUCACGUAGGACCCUUCAACCUUGGUAACCCUGGAGAAUUCACAAUGCUUGAACUUGCAGAGGUUGUUAAGGAGGUGAUCGAUCCAAGCGCGACCAUAGAGUUCAAACCAAACACAGCGGACGAUCCUCACAAGAGGAAACCAGACAUAAGCAAAGCAAAGGAACUGUUGAACUGGGAACCAAAGAUCUCUCUGCGAGAAGGUCUGCCUCGCAUGGUUAGUGACUUCCGUAACCGAAUCUUAAAUGAAGACGAAGGUAAAGGUCUCUAAGUCAGUCACACAGAGAUAGAGUAUUAUCCUUCUUCUGCUUUGAUUUGAUAUAUGUAUAGUCUCUUUUUCAAGAGAUCUGCUAAGUCUUUUUGUUCUCUGUUUUUUUUUUUUUGGUUCUUUCUCUUUUUUUUUUUCAUCAAUUUGGUUCUUUCUCCAAGACACAGAUUUACUACUUAUUAGCUAAUGUUUUCGACUCAAAAGGGAUUUUGUCACUGGGCCAUUUACCAGUAGGCUCAAUUUUAGUGGAAAGGUAUUGAUAUAAAUCUCGCUCGGUUCAUACUU